UUUGGCAACUCUGUAAGCAGGAAAAGUGUAGCGAAGGUCCCUGUAACGAAAGUCGAUCUAACUUCUGCAUUACAUGCAAUUUUAACAGAAAUACAAUUUUGCAUUAUUAGCAGAUAUAAAUUUAUAUAAAACAAGCGUCUCAAUAAAUAAUUCAAUAAUUUGGUUUCGUUAUUAUCGAACAGUUGUUAUUGUUAAUUAUUUAUCGAAAGUGCUAUGAAGUGCGAAAGAAAUAACUAGCCGAUGUAAAAUUACACACCCGGAAUUAUUGCUACUAUAAUAGACAGGAGAGAAAGCGAGUUAGUUAAAUUCAGCAAGUGGUGCCAUUCACUCGAUAUUGUAUCAAAGAUACGACGACGACGAGAAGAAAAAGGCUAACGGCGAACAAAAAAGUCAGAGCGAAGAAGGUGGAACAAAAAUAGCAAAAGUCCACAAUGGCGAGCACCGGUGUUGUGGUUCCGCGAAACUUCCGCUUGCUGGAAGAGUUGGAUCAAGGCCAAAAGGGCGUAGGUGAUGGUACAAUUUCUUGGGGUCUUGAAAACGAUGAUGACAUGACAUUAACACACUGGAUUGGUAUGAUAAUCGGCCCUCCCAGAACUCCCUAUGAAAAUAGAAUGUACUCUUUAAAAAUUGAAUGUGGCGAUAGAUAUCCAGAUGAACCGCCCGCAAUACGCUUCUUAACAAGAAUUAAUAUUAACUGCAUUAAUCAGAGCAACGGAGUAGUUGACCAUAGAUUAGUACCCAUGUUAGCCAGAUGGAAUCGUGAAUAUACUAUUAAAUCAAUGCUCCAAGAAAUACGUAGAAUUAUGACUUGCAAAGAGAAUCUUAAAUUGGCGCAACCACCAGAAGGCAGCGUUUUUUAGUUGAUCACCACAACUGUCGUUAACGACAAUUCAGCAACAGCUGCCGCUACUGCCGUUGCCGCUGCUGAUGCUGUUGCCCUGCAGUUGCUGUCAUCAAAGUUGCCGAAAAUAAAACGAAGUCAUAAAUAUUCUACGUAAACGUCGUCGCCGUUGUAUAAGUCGUCGCCACCACUUGAAACGUCUUCUCUUAUGAGAACAUGUUAUUAUUAUUAUCAUUCUCUUAAAUUUAAUUAAACAAGUUGAACCCAAAAUGGAAACAUCAAAGAAAUAAAGUAACGAAAAUAGUAAUAAUAAUAAUCAUAAUAAGUGGAAGAAAUUGAACAAAUCUUAAGUAAGAAAAUAACUAAAAGAAAACCCAUUUACAAAGAGAAAAGUUGAGUAGUAGUAGUAGUACAUAUUUAAAGAAUAUGAAGGUGAAAAGAACUAUAGUAGUAACGAAAUAUGCAAAAACAAACAUAAACAACAUAGCAACUUACGAAUUCAUUAACACCACAAACACACUAGUAACACACACGCCUAUAAUACACACACGGCUGAAAAAAAUGCAUAACAUAAUUAAGAUUAUAUAAACGCAUUAAAUACUUAUUAAUUAAUGAAAAAUUAACUUGAACGAUAUAUACAACGUAAAAAAGGAAACGCUAUGUGCUGCUAAAGUUAUUACGCAAAAUUAAGGAAAUGGAAUAAAGUAGGGAAUGCGAUAAUAAUGCAUUCAAACAACACGCUUACAACCGUGAAUUUAAAUGGAUGAAGCUUCAAAACAUUUAAAUCAAAAGAUAUAUAUAUAUAUAUAAUAAACACCAGCAGCAAAGUACCAUUCAUAGUGCAGCAACACAAAGAGCAGGCAAUUUCCUGAUAAAGAGCGGCAGCGCAGCUGCAUUUCAACUGUUUAUUUAAUUUUUAGUACUAUUAAUUCAUACAUCUUUACAUUUUCCAAUUUACAUUACGUUCUUAUUUCCCUUUUAAUUAUUUUGUUCAAUAUGGAAACUAAUGGGCGAUAAUAAUUUCGUUUAUGUUUGACCACACAAUUUAGAUAGAAAUUAUUUUAUCUACUCUUUUUCUUUCAUUUCUGGUUUUAUAGCAUUUUAAUUGUGGUAAAAAAAAAUGGUAGUUGAAUGUGAGACCAACUACAUUCAAUUCGGCUUCUGAACAGAAAAAUUACAACUUGAUUCUUUUCCUUAAUUACUAUAAAUAAAGUAAUACUUAAAACGUAAAUAAAUGCAUUAAAAAAUCUAAAUAUAAU